CACUAGCCGGGUGCUCGGGGAACAGCAAGGAUCAGCAAGAGCCAGUAGGACUAUAGUAGGACCAGGGACCAGGGGCCAGUAGAGCCAGGGGGUAAGCCUUCUGAACUGUCUAAAUCAUACUACUUAUAGUGACACGUGAGUGCACGUAUGUGCGCUACAGAUUUCCAAGAAUCCUACUCUUAUCUGUAGUUUAUCAUAAAUUACACAAAGCGUUCAGCGAACUCACCUAAACUAAUGAUCAGUGACUACACAGUACACACACAGUCACACAUCAGUACAUCACCCAUGAUGGAUAAAGGAAAUUGCCCAAGUCCGGCCCCUUAAAAAUGGUUAGCUUUCAACAGCCUUAACUAUAAUUUACUAUGAAAUAACAUUAAUCGUGUACUUCUGAAAAAUACGCAUUCACAUUUGACGUAACAUAGCAACAAACAAACAAAUCAAAAUAUUAAAACUCUACCAUGAUACAUCGCAUAUACUUAACUAAAAAAUGAAACAAAUUGAAGUCAUAGCGGUACUGUCCGUCGAGUCGGACGAGGUUCGAUUCACGGUGGUAUCGACCAAGGACAGCAGCGAAGUGGUCACAUCGGCCGAGACAUUUCCGUUAAUAACCGUAGACUCGAAAGACCACAGAGGCAACAAAAAUAAUGUAGUCGCGGAACGACAGUCUGUGGCGGCGGCGGCGGCGUCAUGCGCCAUGGUCAAGCAGAGGACGCCCUCGCCGGCGGUAACCGAUGGGCGGCCGAACUGUUCCGCAGAGAGGGAUCCUCCGAUGAGCCCGGGCAACGUAGAACAGGACCCGGACAUUAUAUGGGAAGCGGUGCUGCGGGUGAUCGGCGACGCGGUGGACAAGAUGUGUCGGUCCGGCACGCCGAUCACGUACAUUAAAUCGGUGGCCAUCGUCAACGAGAUGGCCACGUUGGUAGCGUGGAACGCGGUCACCGGCAAAGCGGUGCACAACUUCAUCCACUGGACGGACGUUAGAAUGGUCAACGGCGGGACCGCCGCGGCCGUUAAAUGGCUGCUCCAGCGGUCGACGGCAGUGCAAUGCACCGCGGACGACUGCCGGUUUGGCACACUGGACGCGUGGCUGACGUGGAAGCUGACGGGCGGCGACACGUACCAAACGGAUGUGACGAAUGCGUCGUACACUGGGCUGCUGGACCUGACCACGCUGUGCUGGGACCGGGACGCCAUGCGGUCCCAAGGUCUGACGGCAGCCGCUUGGCCAACUCUCCGCAGAGUGAACAAGCGCUCGGCGGCAGUGAUCGUUGUCGGCCGCCUGAACGGGCUGUCCGUACAUGUGACGAUGGCCCGUCCUAGCGCCGUGUUAUACGCACAGGCAUGCUAUCGCCGCGGGCAAGUGGCCGUCACGCUGACAGACCGGACGGCUGUGGUGCUGGGCGCACACGACCGCGGCCCACCACGUCAGCAGCCUGCCCUGGGACCAUGGGCCGUGGUCGGUUACUGCGAGCCGAACAUGGCUGACCGGAGACAUCCGACAAUAGUGUAUGGCUUGCUGGCAGUGUCCAGGGCCAGCGCCGUCGUGUCCUGGCUAAAGAAUAUGGGCCUGACCAAGUCGUGGGACGAGUGCGUGAACACCUACGCUUCCAGCAAGCCGGCGAUAACCGAACACCAGACGUACAUGGUUCCGGCGUUCGGUGGCCUGCCGUCGGCACCAUAUGGACGGCCGGACGCGCGGCCCGUGGUGUGUGGCAUCGGCGGCCACACCUGGCGAGUGCACUUGAUCACCGCAGCCGUCGACUCGAUCUGCCACAGCGUCAACGACAUUGUCGGGUGCGUGGUGGCCGGUUCGGCUUCGAAACUCGCGGAACCCUUAUACGUGGACGGACAGUGCGCGGAGCUGGACGGCCUGAUGCAGCGGUUGGCAGACGUGUCUGGCAGUCGGAUAGCGGUGAAACGGUUGGAUAUGGCCGUCAGCGGCGCGGCACGGAUGGCCGCGGCCGCAAUAAACGUGGAUUACGCUGACCGACGAGAGGCCGUCUACUAUGAACCGACUUCCACCGACGGACAGCGGUUGGCGUGGGACGGCCAAUGGGCGAAGGCGGUGCGCAGGAGUUAUGGCUGGGUAGCAAUGGACGGCCGCGAGUUGAACGACCGGUAUGCGGUGGUCCCUGCCGACCAGCGGGCCGGCCACUUCGGCAUUUCACAGUUGGCCAAUUUACUUCGACGCUUUGGUCUCUGGUACAACAGGAAGGUGAAUGAUCUCCUCUACUCCGUACGAAACUAUUUGACACCCAGCCCUCGGCUGCACGACGUGAACACCGAUACCUCACCCGGCUCACCCGUGACGAACGAUAACGCAUGCAAACUUUAA